AUGGCAUACAUCCUGACCCAAUGUUCGGGUGCCCUCUGGGCCACCCUUCUUGCCAGGAGGUACGAGACCUCCUCGAAGAUGGAGCAGUUCCUGACGCGGUUCCUGCUGCGGGAGACCAUGCAGCAGCUGCAGUCCCUGCAGAGCUCGCUGGAGUGCGCCGCGGACACGGUGGAGGAGCAGGCGGGGCGGGAGAGAAAGGAGGUGAAGAGCUCUGAGAGCUCUGUCAGCCCCAGGCCGGGGAGGCGAUGCGGGCGCAGAGGACAGAGGAAGGUGUGUCUGUCCCCAACAGACCCCUACUCCGGGAUGCUGACGACAGGUGUUUGUGUUGAAGACAACAGCCAGUGGAUGGCACAGAUCAACAGGCUCCAGCAGCUUAUUGAGAAGCUGGAGUACAAGAGCCCACGCCUGGAGCCACUGAAGGAGGAAGUGAUGUGCAAAGGGACAGACACACACAUCCUGGUGGCGAAGAGGCAGAUCUCAGUGGCCGUGGGCAGCCUGGAGGAGUUCCACCAGGCCUUCAGGUCCUACACGGAGGGGACGGCUGGGCAGAGCAGCUGCCUGCACGUGGCCACCUGCAAGCUGACAGAUGAGCCCUGCUUCAUCCUCUACGAGUUCUGGCAGGACGCGACUUCGUGGAGGAGCCACUUGCAGUCCAGCUGCAGCAAGGCUUUCCAGCGGUCCAUCAUCAGCCUGCUGGAGUCCCCAGAGCUGCUCACCACCAUGCUCUUCCCAGCCUCGUGGUGGAUCAUGAACAACAACUGA